CUGUCCCGCCGCCGCAGAGGGAGCCGGCCGGGAGACGGCGUCGCCUUGGCGGGGCAGACGCGAGGCAAACGCGAGGCAAAAGGCGCUGGAAAGCCCUGGCCUUCCCCUACACCUGCGCCCUCCGGGGGCGGUGAGUGGGUGUAGCCGCCGCCGAUCACCUGGAUCCCCACCCCGUGGCGCCUCCGCCUCUGUCCCCGCCCGGCUGGGGAAGCCGCUGCCGCCGUCGCCGCCGCCGCCGAGAGUGAGACCGGUCGCGGGCAGCAGGGUUGGGGCGCGCGGGUGAAGCAAAGCGAGAGCUUGCGGCGCCGGUGGGGCCCUGACAGCCGGGGCGAGGCGGGCAAGAGGGCGGCGGCCCCGGCCGGUGAAGCCUGCGGCGGGAGCAGUGGAGCCGCGGCAGGAUGAACCCCAAUGUCACCUACGCCAGUCGCAAGCGGCGGAAACCUGUGCAGAAAAUAGUGAAGCCGUCCCCAGUUGAAGGAGUCAAGUCCAAUCCAUCCAAGAGACACAGGGACCGCUUGAAUGCAGAGCUGGACCGCUUGGCUAGUCUUCUGCCUUUCCCUCAAGACGUUAUUGCCAAAUUGGAUAAGCUGUCUGUGCUUAGGCUCAGCGUCAGUUACCUGAGAGCCAAAAGUUUUUUCGACGUUGCAUUAAAGUCUUCUAACUCUACCAGACCAGAGAUAAACGGCAUUCAGGAAAACUGUAGAGCAGCAAAACGGGGAGAAGGAAUGCAGAUCCUGGAAGGAGAACUCUUGCUGCAGGCAUUAAAUGGUUUUGUAUUAGUUGUUACGGCCGAUGCUGUGGUUUUUUAUGUCUCUUCUACUAUCCAAGACUACUUGGGGUUCCAACAAUCUGAUAUUAUACAUCAGAGUGUAUUUGAAUUGAUUCACACAGAAGACAGACCUGAGUUUCAACGACAGCUACAUUGGGCAUUAAAUCCUGCCCAGUCUGGAGAUUCUGGACCGAGCAUACAAGGAGAUAAUGGCUUUUCACAGCCAGCAACCUAUUAUAACCCAGACCAACUUCCUCCAGAGAAUUCUUCCUUUAUGGAAAGAAAUUUCAUCUGCAGGUUACGAUGCCUCCUGGAUAAUUCAUCUGGGUUCCUGGCUAUGAAUUUUCAAGGACGGUUAAAGUUUCUCCAUGGACAGAACAAGAAAGGGAAGGAUGGUGCUUCUCUGUCUCCUCAGCUCGCUCUGUUUGCAGUAGCUACUCCCCUGCAGCCACCAUCUAUCCUUGAGAUACGAACCAAAAACUUCAUCUUCAGAACUAAACACAAACUGGAUUUCACACCUACUGGCUGUGAUGCAAAAGGAAAGAUUGUCCUGGGAUACACUGAAGCAGAGCUAUGUAUGAGAGGAACGGGAUACCAGUUUAUUCAUGCGGCUGAUAUGCUUUAUUGUGCUGAAAAUCAUGUCCGAAUGAUGAAGACAGGUGAGAGUGGAAUGACUGUAUUUAGGCUUCUAACCAAAGAAAAUCGAUGGGCCUGGGUGCAGGCAAAUGCCCGUCUUGUCUACAAGAAUGGAAGACCGGAUUACAUCAUUUCUACCCAAAGACCUCUUACAGAUGAAGAAGGGGCAGAACAUCUCCGGAAGCGUAACAUGAAAUUGCCCUUCAUGUUUGCCACUGGUGAGGCUGUGUUAUAUGAGGUAUCUUUUCCUAUGUUGAGCCUUACGGAUCCUUCUCAGCCGAAGAAUAGAAGCACAACAGGAAAAGGAACCAAAGCAACGCUACAAAAUGAUUCUGUGGAUCCAAACUCCCUGCUAGGUGCCAUGUUAAGGCAAGAUGAGUCUGUGUAUCUCUGCCCUCCAGCGUCACAUAAACUUUCCUUUGAGCGGAACUUCUUUGCAGACAGCAGGGAUGAACUGGGUAGUGGUGUUAGCAGCAGCUGGAUAGAUAAUCUCCUACCUGCUGGAAAUGACAAUAUUCUCAAGCGGGAGAUAAUGGAGUCUUCCCAGGACAAUACUGUUCCUCUCCCUGAAGACAGUGCAGCACUCUUUCAGGAUAACAAAACCAGUGAUUUGUACAACAUCAUGAAAAAUCUGGGUAUCGACUUUGAAGAUCUAAAGUGUAUUCAGCAGGAUGAGUUUUUUAAAACAGAAAUAUCUGAUGUGGUUGAUAUUGGGGAUAUUAACAUAACUGAUGAAAUCCUGACUUAUGUUCAGGAUUCCUUAAAUAAGUCUGACUUCUUAUACUCAGGCUGUAACCAGCAGCAGUCCUUGGUCCAGAAUGAAGGUUGCUUGGUACAGCCAGAGUUAGAUCCACAUCAGUUUCAUCAGCACCAGAAACAGUUCAUGGAGCAGCAACAGCAGCAGCAGCAGCAACUCUGUCAAAAGAUGAAACAUAUGCAAGUCAAUGGGAUGUUCACAAAUUGGAGCUCUGGCACUAGCAUGCCGCAUAGCUGCUCGCAGCAGCAGCCCCAGCAAUAUGAAUUCCCUGGCAUGCAUACAACUACAUCCGAGUUCACUUACAAAUCAGAAGUAAACACUUCCCCGUAUGCAUGUAGGCAAGAGUUUAUGCCUUACAAGCAACCCACAGCAAUGAUGCCACAGCUUUCUAAUUUUUCUCAAAUGGAUUUCCCUUUAGCAGGUUUUGACAGAUCAACCUAUUCUGCUUCUUCCAACUUGGAGGAUUUUCUCAGUUGCUUGCACCAAGUUCCCAAAAAUCCUGAGUGUGGGAUGAACUCUGAAUCUGUUACGCUAACUCCUCAAACAUGCUACGCAGGCGCUGUUUCCAUGUACCAGUGCACGCAAGAAGCACAGCCCAGCUGUGUGGAUCAAAUGCAGUAUGAUCCUAUGAUGACAUGUCAACAAACGUUGUUGAACAAGUUCCAAAAUGGUUUCAAUGGAGGAAAUGUAAAUGAAGCAUAUCCCUCUCAGUUAGAUGUGAUCAGUAACACACAGACUGCCACACAUCUUCAGCCUCUUCAUCAUCCGACAGAACCCAGAUCCUUCUCAGAUUUGGCAUCUAGUGGAUUUAUGUGAUUCAGUUCUAGAGCUCCAUCUGUGAUUUUGUCUGGGCGUCAGGCUGCUCUGAGGAAAGGCUUGAUAAAUCUCUUUGAGCAUUGGGCUUUAACAGCUAAAUUACAUUUUGAGAAUACGAGGUUGGUUGCACUAUAUACUGAUGGAUGUGUAAUCCAAGACCUGGCUUUAUUUAGAGUGACAGCAGGAAUUAAAACUUCUAAUUAAAAGUACGCAUUUGCUGUUUUCCAUCAGAUUGACUGUGUCAUUGCAGUAUGGAUUACGUAUGUGUUACAGACUAUGUCAUGCUAUACAACAUAAGAUAAGGCAAAUGGUUUUGUUGUUUAGAAAAUAAUUGGGCACUUUACAAAUAGCAUCAAUGGCACAAGAAAGAUGAUUUCACACAUGGAUUAUUUCCAGACUUUAUUUUUUAAAAACUAUUAAAAAGCUCUGAAUUAAUGAGAAUCAAAAGCACUUAAUUUUAAUGCAUACUAAGCUCUUUAAUCACUUCUUUUAUAUUUAAAUCCUUUUGUUUUAACUCUCAAUUUCUAGCACUUUAAUAGAAGGCUUAAUACAAGGAUAUGAUAUGCAACUUCAGGUUUUCUAUGAAACAGACCCCUUGCAUUCCUCCUUUUCUUGUCAACCUUAAGUGCCUCACAGUUUAGCUACCUUGUUUCUGAUGGGAGCUUAUUUAGUAAAACUCAGUUACGUGUCAUCCAUAUUAUGUGGACUUUUGUCUAACAUUUACAGUGCUACUGGCUGUAUCUUUUUUUUUUCUUUUUCCCCUAAAGAGAAUUUGCUCAGAUAAUGACUAAAUUCUUUAUCUGUGGACUUGUUAUGCUAUUAUCAAGAGUCAUUACUGUUCUGAAUUUAGUUCAGUAAAGAGUUUUGGUUUAUUCUGUACUGCUUUUCUGCUUUCUUCAGGUAAUACAGGGUAUACUAAAAAAGCAAACUUUGCUGAGGGGGAGGAGCAGAUCCUCAGGAUUAGUUUUAGAUUAUUAAUGCUGAAAAACAUGUGCCUUAUCUUGUGUUAAAAUGCUCAUAAUGUUCUUUAGAAAUAAUACAAGGCUGCUCUAUGCAAAUAUUUUCAUUAAAAUGGAUAUUGAAAAGGUUUGCAUUUUAAAUAAGGGGGAAAGGAGUCUCAAUAGCGAUUGGUAUUGACAUUUACU